AUGAACCCUCACCAGAAGAACAAGGUCGACGUCAAGUCGCUCUCCCCCGAGGAGCAGCGCCUCUUCCGCCUCUACGGCAAGCUGCCCUCCCGCUCCGACCACUUCGCCAAGCAUCUCAAGGACCGCAAGUACUUCGACUCCGGUGACUACGCCAUGUCCAAGGCCGGCAAGGGCGACGGCGUCGACGCCGGUGCCGUCGGCUCCCAGCACCCCGUCCCCGAGAACAUCCCCCACCUCUCCUCGCCCAACGGCUCCAGCAACGGCCCCAAGCACGUGCACGCCUCCAUUCCCGGCAUCCAGGCCGGCAGCCCUAUCAAGGAGAGCAGCUUCCUCAAGAGCGAGACCAACGCCGACGAGGCCCAGCAGGAGAACGGCGAGGACGCCGACAAACCCAAGGACCCCGCCGCCGCUCCCCCCGCCCCGGUCGGCGAGUCCAUCCCCAUCCGGAGGUGA